AUGUUUUUGCUGGUUGUGGUGGUUAGAUUAUCUGAAGGAUUGCGACAAGCUGGUAUUGUAGACAAUCAAUGGGCAAUUGAAAAAGAUGAACCAGCUGCAUGUGCAUAUCGACUCAAUAAUCCCAAUACAACAGUAUUUUGUGAAGAUUGCAAUGUACUUUUACGAAAAGUUAUGAAUGGUGAUCUUUGUGAUAAUAAUGGACAACGCUUACCUCAAAAAGGGGAAGUAGAAUUAUUAUGUGGCGGUCCACCUUGCCAAGGUUUUAGUGGCAUGAAUCGUUUUAACUCACGGCAAUAUUCUCUAUUUAAAAAUUCUUUAGUAGUAUCAUGUUUGUCUUAUUGUGAUUAUUAUAGACCAAAAUUCUUUAUUAUGGAAAACUAUGUAGAAAGCGAUAAAACACCCAACUGGCAAUCGGAAAGACAAAUGCUUAUUAAAUUGGAAUUUGCACUUCCUGCUUACUAG